GAAAAUGUUCUAUGUUGAAGAAGUAUUUAAUAAACAAAAUGACAAAAUAUAUGCUAAAACUUCUAAAUACGCAAAAAAACUUGUUCCAAGGGUUCAGCGUGACCCCAUCCGUGGCAAAAGUGUACCAGAAGGAUGUCUUAAAAAAUUUUUAUAAUUUUAUAUCUAUAACGGUUUUAACUUGUAACAGAACAUAUGACAGGACUAAGUAAUGUUGAAUGUAAACAAUAUUACUUAUACGUGGUCCUCACCGAGAAUGUGAUCGCCAUAACUUAGAAACUAUUUGAAAAAUUCGAUUCUGACAAACUGCUUAGAAGUGAUGCUUUGAAUGAGUUCAAAGUAAAGCACGUAAACAAGUAGUGGUGCCAAGGCAAUUUGUAAGAAGUGUUCUUUUUACAGUAACUUAAAGGGCUGGCGAAAUCCUCCACUGAACCCUCCCCGAGGGUGCCAGCUGGUAAUAAGUACCACAGUUUUCCUAUUUACAGGAGGUACUUAGCUAAGUUAAAGGUACUAUGGGUUGGGUUCGAUACUCCUCAAUAGUGCAGCACUACCCAAAGUACUUUUAACGUGGUCGGGGGUGAAGGGCUGGAUUAAGGUGUGAUGCGACCCGUGCCGAGAAUCUGUCAGGCUUGGGGCCAUUCUAACAAAUAACCAAGUCUCGAACGGAGCUUACGGAUACCUGGCGCCCUCCGUAAUAACUAGCCUUACCCGUGUAGUUCGGAGCUAUGCACGGGCGGACAUCCUUUCUCCGACACUCGUGGGUCCAAAAAUGCAAUCGGAUUUUUCAAAAACAAAUAAAAAAAAGGAGAUCGGUCCUCCUUCGAAAAGACCGACAGGAACAAACAGUUCCGCAAUAAGAGCAACGGUCGCACCGAGCUCAAAGAGAACUCCAUCCAUCGGCCAAAAAAGUCGAUCGAAACACAUAGCGACAGCCUCAGCGAAAGCGAGGCCAGUUGCCACACAACCAGAGCUGGACACAGGUUCAAGCACAAGUAGGGGUGCACUAGCCCGGCAGUCAACUGUGAAUCAGCCCCCAAAAACAGUCCCGACCGGAAGCACUGCUACUGCUAGCUCCGGUACUGAAGGAUGGCCGCUUGUGAGGGUGGUAGACCCAGCGAAAGCGAGCUACCAGGAUCGCAGAAAUGCAGCCAGGCUCCUAAGGAGAGUGCACGAAAAUCACCCAAAAGAAGGUGAAUUGUCUGAGGAGUUGAAAGAGGCGAUUGAAAGAGCGAAAGCGAUCAUUCCUGAUUUCAACCCCGACUUCAAACCAGUACAACCGGCUCCAAAACGACAGCGGUCCUUGGAGGAUAAUAAGCCAAGCUCAAAAAGGCACAAACCAAUGGGCGUGACGCCCAGAAGAUCAUUUGCGGAGGUUGCAAAAGACCGCUUUAUCAUAGGGGUCCUGGACGAGAACCAUCCUGAAGGUAUGAUCCCCAAGGCCCAAUGGAAAUGGAUCGAGGCCGAGCUAACGAAAGUGGCACUGAAGGUUAUUCUGGAGAACCCCGGCCCCCCGCCUGCGUGCGAAGACUUAGGCUGGCACCAUGGCCAGAUAAAAAUAAUAGCGUGCGACGAUGAGAGAUCGGUUCAGCUGUACAAAGAGGCCAUCUCCAAAGUCGGAGAAGUGUACCCAAAUGCCAAGCUAGUGGUCGUGGACAGGAAGGAUGUUCCGUCCAGGCCGCGAGCAAGGGUUUGGUUACCUUCAACCGUCGAAGACCCGGUGGAGAUUAUGAAGCUCAUCCGGGUCUGCAAUCCGGAUAUCCCAACGCAGGAGUGGAGGUACGUCAAAACUAUUACCAACCAAAACAGCGCGGAUGAAUCGAAAGAGCGCGCCACCAUGCAGGCUCUCCUGCUCCUCACAGAGAACUCAAUUGAACCGUUAGCGAAAUGCGACGGGCAACUGAGAUACGGUUUUGUAAAGGUGAAGCUCCACAUAUAUAAAACCGACACGGAUGCAAUUGAGUUCCUCGCCACGAAGGAAAGCGAAAAGCCCAUGAGGGAACUGGAACCCAUGAGCGAAACCGAGCCAGUGAGCGAAGGCGACCAGCCCACCGAAGAAGAAUACGCCUCUUCAGGCUCAUAAAUGGGCUUAGGGAGGUUGUACUUCGAACGGGAGGGUAAGUAUCCCACACAACAGCGUAAGUAUUCCGAAAGGGAACUUUUAUACGAAAGCAUAGAAGACCCAGACGUAACGUUAACAGCUGAUGCAUCUUCUACAGAUAAACCUACACCACUGUAAAGAAGCCUGCCUUGCCCUCCUGGAUCGUCUGGCAGAAGAUCAGCCGGAUGUAGUCCUCAUCCAGGAACCCUGGGUACGGAAUGGCGAAAUCUGCGGUCUGAGGACAUCAGGUUAUAAAGUAUACAAGACCAAUUGUGAAGUAACGCAGAUACCACGACGGUUAGCUGGGAAGUGAGCGGAAGCAACACCUGGCUAACCUCGUUCUAUUUUGCCGGAGACGACACAGGUCCACUGCCGUCGCCGCUAAUAAGAAGCCUUGUUGAAGACUGCAAAGCUCACAACCGCAAACUAGUACUAGGAGGUGAUGCCAAUGACCACUAUACCAUAUGGGGGAGCUCGGAUACAAACGAACGAGUGGUGUCUGGAGACAGGACCAUUUCAAUGACAGUAAAACUUCAACUUACGAAUCAAAUGCCCAAUCUACUAAGGAUCGCUUGCAGCGUUUAGGCUACACAACUGGAUAUGGAACCAUAAAUGGAUAUCCCGGAAGUACGGGCGUUUCUGCUUACAAUCCUAUCAAACUGGAUCUUGGGGGAGUUGUUCUAGGCACAUUGGUUGGCAUUGGAGCAAUUAUAAUAAUUCCGAAGCUACUAAAUGCUUUUCACGGAGGGUAUACUGGCUAUGGUCGCAGCGAGAAUGACAACGAUCUUUCAUCACUUUCAACCAUGAUGAGUAAAAUUGAUGAUAUACUUGGCCAAAACAACAUCGAUUCAACAAGUUGUAUGCAGCGUGCUGUUUGCAGUUAUGUUCGCUCAACAGAGCACAAUAUGAAGACUGGAGUGGCCGACCAAAUGGAUCAAUUCAUUCACAUGCUAUCUGAAAAUGCUCUUGUGGACUACCUUAUAGAUGGUACUGCUAUAAAGGAAGCGCUGGAAAUAGGCAAGAGAGUGAAUGAGAAGCCCUGUAAACAAGUGUACAUAUCUUGUCCAAUGGACAACAAGACAGCCACUGAUGUUCUACUGAAAUUAUUGCCGAAGAAAACAGUGUCAAAAUCAUUGAAACAAUUGCAAUGAUUAAAGGAAUUGCCGUUUUGGUAUAGAAUUCAAACAAUAAAUAAUAAAAUUAAAGUGUGAUUACUAUACGUACUUUAGGAUUUAACUUGAUAAAAUAUAUGCAAAUUUUUAAAAAUA